AUGGCGACGGUGGCGGUGGCCGCUCCAGCGAGACAGGCGGAGCCGCGGGGAGAACAGGCGGUCGGGGAUGAGAAAUUCGUGUGGGUGAAGCACUGGUACCCGAUCGCGCCGCUGAAGUGGCUGGAGGCGGCCCGGGGGGAGGGGUUCGAGUCCGGGCUGCCGCAGAUCCAGAGGCAGACGAUCCUGGGGAGGGACAUCGUGCUGUGGAAGGACGCGGAGGGGAAAUGGCGGGCCGUGGAGGAUCGAUGCUCGCACAGGCUUGCGGCUCUGUCGUUGGGGAGCGUCCGGGAAGACGGCACGCUGGCGUGUCGCUACCAUGGCUGGUGCUUCAACGGCCACGGCGAGUGCACCCACAUCCCUCAGGCCACUGACGCUACCUCCGAGGCCACUGCCUGCGCCAGCAGUCGCUCAAAGGUCGCAGCUUUCCCCACGCUCGAGGCAGCUGGCCUCCUGUGGGUGUGGCCCGAUGAUGGCCCCACCUCCUGGGUGGACUCUGCUGCAGCAGAACCCGCAAUGGGCAGUUUCACAAAGCCAGAUGCCGAUUGGAUGCUUUCUGAUGCCCCAGUCAGCUACGACGUCCUGUUUGAAAAUAGCUUUGACCCAUCUCACACCAGCCAUACGCACAAUGGACAAGGCGUCACCCGAGGGAUAUAUGCGAUGGACCUUGAAGCCAAAAAGGGAAAAAGCAAGGCUGCGCUCAUGGCAUUAAAGGCCUUCCAAAUACUGCAGACUUUCAUUGGAGAGCUGCCUCUGAUGUUGUUUCCUGACUACGUGAGGGUGGCGCUGCGACAUGUGUGCGGGGGUGGAGUGGUCCCAAGCCGUGUGUUCCAGAUCCAGGACAUAACCAUGAUCCAUAAUCAGGAAGGCCGGCUCGCCAGGUCAAAAUCUGAGUGGAAGAGUCAGUAUUACCAUGCGUCUCCAUCGGACAAUGGAGUGGCGAUCUUUCGAAAAUGGUUGCACACGAUUGCUGGCGGAGGGCCCACCUGGUUUGGCAGGGGGGCAGAAGAGGAGGUGAUGGCAAACAACAAAGCAGAGGUGUAUGAUACAUGGAAUCGCCACACCAGGCAAUGUCCAGAGUGCCGAAAGGCGCUGAGAUUUCUUGGUCGCCUGGAUAACUUUUUGGGCAAGCUGGCAGCGGGCAUGCUGGCUGUGGCAGUGGCUUUGGCUGUGUUCAGGACGGCAAAUCUGCGCAUGGCUGUGGUCGCGACGUUGGCCGCUGGGGGGGCGCUACUGGCCCGCCUUGAGAUGCAGAAGCUCCGCCAGAAGUUUGUGACAGAACUGCCCAGUUCUGGCAUGCCGGAGUUCUCUUAUCAGUGGCCUUCUUGA